UUGCGGCCAACUUCCCCGACGUGACGCGGACGUCAUUCGGCGGGCAGUGAGCAAUCAACCGGAAUUCGUAUUUUUUUUCGUCGCCCCGUCCGUCACAUUCGCGCACCCAAGUUCAGCUUUUAACCAGUUCCCUCGAAAUAGGAAGCUGGCCGUGACCACAUGUCGGAGUAGAAUUCACGCGGCAGCUGCUCGCUCGCGUUUUGGUCACGUCCGUGCUUCUAAAGAGGAGGCGAAAGAAACAUGUUUUAAAAAAAGGGGAUUUUAUCAUUUUUAGCACCCAAAGCGAACAUUAUUCUUACCCUCCCCUCUCCCCCCCUCCGACCCGGACACCCUGGAGUUUUGCCUGAAUGUGGAGGGUUGGCGUAACCAGAGACGGAUCACAUUACGGACCAACUCCCGCACAUCAGACAAGGUGGACGGACGCGGUGGAAGGAACGUGGCAACAUUUGAAAACCUCCGGACGUUGGGAACUUACCCGGGCUUGUUCUCGCCACCGUUCACGAUCUCACUGCCGCGUGAUCCUCCACUGCCCUUCGAUCAACCCGUGGACGACCGGCACACCCACGCACCCACCCAACCACGGGGAGAAGGCCCGUGAAGGCCCAUGGCUUUCGGUGACGCCAACGCGACGGCCGUCGGCGGCGCGGACGACGAGUCGCUGUGGUCGCAGCGAUGGUACGCCGCCCUGAACAGCGUCGUCUACAGCGUCACCUUCGUGGCCGGCUGCCUGAUCAACGGGCUCGCUCUCUGGGUCUUCACGCACACCUCCAAGAAGAACAAGGUGCACAUCUUCAUGAUCAAUCUCACCAUCGUGCACCUCAUCGCCAUCGCCUUCAUACCGUUCCGCCUCUUCCACUUCAUCACCGGGGGCUGGUCGCUCGGCAAGUCGUUCUGUCGCGUCCUGGUGGCCGCCCGCUGCGUUUUCUCGGCGGCCACGCUGUGGUUCUUCACCUGCAUCAGCGUCGAGCACUACCUGGCCGUGGUGCACAAGGUGGCCGCGGGGCCGAUCCGCCGGGCCAAGGUCUACCGGCUCGCCAGCGCGGCCGUGUGGCUUCUGGUCGCCACGCAGAUCCCGCCGAUCAUGCUCACGGAGGAGGCCAGCAAGGCGGUGUGCAGUGGCAGCUGCCACAAGAUGAGCGUGAUCACGUGUUGGCGGGAGAUAUGGCUGCAGCAGCUGGUCAUGACCAUCUUCCACUUCCUGGCGCCGUUCGCCGUCAUCACCGUGACCUACUUUCACAUCGUGAGGUUCCUGCUGGGCAAGAGGCAUCACGGCGGCGGUGGCCGCGUCAAUGUCGGCGGUAGCUUGAGCGGCAAAAAGGGCAGGUCGAAGCCCCUGAGGAUAAUCUUCACGAUCAUCGCCUUGCUGGCGGGCUUCUACAUGCCCUACCACAUCGGCAUGGCCAUCCACCUGGGCACGCGGUGGUUUUGGAGCGACGGGGCGGACGACUGCGGCGGCAGCUCGGGUGCCAUCAUCGCCUGCCUCUCGCUGCUCAUGGACGUCAGCUGCUGCGCGCUCUUCCCGCUGUACUUCCUCGUGUCCAAGUACUUCAGGCAGCGCUUUCACAGCGUGCUCGUCUACCAGCGGUACCUGUCGAGGCUCACGAGGAAGAGGCGUGCGUCCGUGGCCAUGGACUCCCUGGAGUGACCUCGUGGUCGCGGUUGCCAUCGGCGGCAGCACCAGCAUCGUCAGCGGCGUGUGUCGAAUUUGAGGCCAGGAGGUUAUGCUGGUAGGAACGAAGUUGUAAACUGAGUGUACCAGCCUGCAAUAGAUUAAUGUGUCCGUCCGUCCGUCCCCUUUCAAUACUUUAACGAAGUGAAAAAUUCCAAUGUUCCUACCAGCCCACCCUGCAAGGACCUGUUUUCGUUCGAACCGCGUGUGCGGUGCUCAUGGGACUCUCCAGGGAUGAGAGACUCAUUUGGAAGUGUGACGAUGAGUGUGGGGGGGGGUCACACAAACUCAACACACAAAGCCGUUCGCAUGAAAUGAGUUUUGAAUCUAAAUUUAAAAGUGCCACAGCUCCGGUGGCUUCCUGCAGCAACGAAGACCAAGUAGAAAUCGGCACAAAAACAACUGUGCCACGCGAGCAAUCGAAAACACUGCACGGACUCAAAAAGACACUUUCGUACGGGAAGACCACUUUUAGACGAAUGAUGUGGUACAAUGACAUGAGUUUCAGAAACGCCAAACAGAAAAUUGGCGACUAUCGCACCAACGUGUAAACACACCGGGUUGUAAGGAGUCAGCUGCAAUUUUCAGUGACGUUAUCGUAAAGAAUCGACAGCUCAGCGUCAGAAUUGUUGUUUUGGUAGGUGGGUGACCGAGGACAUAUUUGAAAUGAUGGCAUUCCAGGAGUUUGGGGCAUUCACGGAGAAACAUGCCCACCGCAUUUACACCGAGUAUGGAACUCUGUGAGUCUGUUUGGUUUCGCUAUGAGUCCGUGGGUCUGUGUGUGAGUCUAGGGGUAUCUGUGUGAGGCUGUCAGUCUGUGCGUGAGGCUAUUGGUUUCUCUAUAUCGGUUUAUCUAAACGUCUAUGCCACUCUCUAUAAGUCGAUGGGUGUCUGUGUUCGUCUAUGGACUUACAUGUAUGUGUGAGUCUAUUGGUUUAUCUAUGAUUCCAUGGGUCUCUCUCUCUGAGUCCAUGGGUCUCUGUGUGAGCCUUUGGAUCUACGUAUGAGUCUACCUAAAGCGAUGGGGUUCCAGGCGUUUGGGACAUAGAGAAUGAGUGAGCUUCGCGUGACCUGUUUUGUCCUCGGUACAAUGCACUUUAGUGUUGUGGGGCACCUACGAUUUUGAACACGUUGGUCCUGAAGUCAGUCGGGGUAGGUUCUUGUUACACAAUUACAAAAGUACACAUCACCCCUUCUGUUAUGAUGGCUUUUUCUUGCCAUUUACAGAUUUUGAAUGAGCAAUAGACACAUCGCAAGCACAACGAUCAAUCACCAAACUAACGCCUGCAUCGCCAUCAUCAUCACCGUCAUCAGCAGCAGCAGAUCACAAGUAUCGUCAUCAUAAACUACAUCUGACACCGCCGUGACAUCGACGCAUGGCGCCCCCCAAAACAUGGGGCCCGGGGCGAUCGCCCGAUUCGCCGUGUACCCUAGGGACGGCUCCAGUAACAACACAAGUACGAUCACCACCAAUACUACCACUCCUUAACUUAACACCAUCAUCAGUAGCGGCAUAUUUAUCACAAUCAAAAACGCGACCAACACGAAUACCACCCACCAACAACAGUAGCAGUAAGAAGCACCAGUAUCAUCACUAUCACCCUACCACAGCAAUCAUGUAUCAGCAUCAUCAUCACCACCACCACCACAAUCAUUGUGUUUACAUUGCACAAGUUAAGUGUCAAGUUGAUUUUAUUUAACCAGGUGAGAACGCAGGAGACUAGGAUAGAGUCUCAUUUGCAAGAGCGACUGCCUCGGGGUAUCAGUCCGCCAGGAUGGCACGACGAUUGCUGCUCUGCGUGUUUGUCAUCACAAUUGGCUUGGGAGCAGCGGCGUAUGCGCACUCACUGCGUCACGAACCCGGUCCACCCGAGUUCGAUUUCCGGCUCGCUCACAAUAACAGUGGCGAAUAUUGGAACCGCUCCUGGGCCAUCCCCUAGGUCGACUCGUCCUUGAAUGAGUAACCCUGGUGCGGUGUGUAAAAACAUCGCCACUGGGAAGACAAAGGCGCCCGGGCCUGGUGCUGGCCACCCACCCCCUCGUGUGCCGUGCCGGCCUUCAUAGGUGCUCGCUCACAACACUUGCCCCCAAAACUCUGUUUAGGCUAUAUGGGGGACCUUCAUCUUUGUAAUCCCAAUCGAGUACCUUUGUUCAGAAAAAAGCACGUUACAAAUGCGCCACCUUCAACGUUACGUUUUGCACAUGAACGUGUUGUGAACCGGUAACAAUGCAUCGCAAUACAGAAGGACAAUUGAGUUUUAAACGAAGAAAAACAUGUCUAUAUAUAUUUCCUGUUAAAUAGAUUAUGGCGAAGGAGCGUUGGACGCGAUGUAAUAUAAACGCCAACACAAUCUAAAAAAAAGUGAAGACCUAUGGCAAAAAAAGAGUAAUGAUUAAAGAACCAAAUAAGCAGGCCGUGUCUCAGUCGCAUAUUAGUCUGCACACACAUUUAAUUUUUCUUACACGCAGCUUUCCGGGAGUGCGUGAUUUUACAAAGCACUGUUUCAAGAGAAGUACACUGCACCGGUUUUGACAUUCACCGUCUCAUCAACAGAAACGGGCUUCCUUGAACCAAUGCUGAUGAUCUAUCUGCUGAUCUUACAGGCAAGGGCUUGUAUAAUGUAUGUGGCGCUAGUUCAACGCGACGUUAUAUCGUAAUACAGUGCCAAACUCAAAGCAAUCGCGCGCGUCGCUGUGGAGAAUAUGAAUUACAAAAAUACAUUUGCGCGAAAUGUCUCCGCAUAUCGGUCGCCCCGAUGCGCCGUAGCCUGGGGGACGGCUCUGAAUGCAGAUCGCAUGGUUGAUUGGAUUUGUAAACGAAUAUGGUCGAGAUAUUAAAAAAAAUAUCUUUACGCACGCGCCGGCUAAAUUAA